AUGGGUGACACUGUAGAGGAUGUCUGUGAAGAACAACUUCUGCCUGAAAAACAGGAUAGUAGAUUCAGGAUGGUGAAGGAGGAUCAAUCAAAGAGGAAGACCAGGUGCCUUGGACCAUCUGGCAUCUCAUUUUCCUCUUUGACACAGACCCUUCCCUACGCGCUAGCCGCCGACCUCACCUUGACUUCCUACGUCUCCGGGCCGCCAAACGCAUCGUGUGAAGUCCUUCGUCCUUCUGCCGAUCGCUGGAACGCAGACGUCCAGCAGCCCCCUCACAUUAAAGAAGAAGAGGAGGAUCCACAGCCACCCCACAUUAAAGAGGAAGAGGAGGAUCCACUGCCUCCUCACAUUAAAGAAGGGGGGGAUCCACAGCCACCCCACAUUAAAGAGGAAGAGGAUGAUCCACAUUCACCCCACAUUAAAGAGGAAGAGGAUGAUCCACCGUCACCCCACAUUAAAGAGGAAGAGGGGGAAGUGUGGAUCACUCAGGAGGGAGAGUGUCUUCUAGGGCAGGAGGAGGAUGAUCUCACCAAGUUUCCACUGACUGUUGUCUCUGUGAAGACUGAAGAGCAUGAAGACAAACCACCUGAGUCCUCACAGCUUCAUCACAGUCCAAACGUCUGUGAAGAACAACUUCUGCCUGAAAAACAGGAGUGUAGCUUCAGGAUGGUGAAGGAGCAGCCAUCAAAGAGGAAGAUGAGGCGCCACAGACCCUCUGGCGUCUCCUUUUCCUCUUUGACACUGACCCUUCCCUGUAAAAAGGAAGAGGAAGACCCACUGACCCCCCACAUUAAAAAGGAAGAGGAGGAACACAGCAUCAGUCAGGAGGGAGAUCAUCUUGAAGGACUGGUGGAGUUCCCAGUGAUUGGUGUCCCUGUGAAGAGUGAAGAUGAUGAGGUCAAAGGUGAAAGUGAGGAGAAGAGAGAGGCGGAGCCUCCAAGCAGCAGCUCAACACAACACAUGACAACAGAAGCUGAUGGAGACCACUGUGGAGGAUCACAAGCAGACAAGCUCUUAGCUUCACUAUCAGAUAGUGAGGACACAACGUCACACUCUCCUGACACUGAUGAUGAAGACUCUAAAGAUGAUAAGACAUGUCACACUGACAACACUCACUUGAAAUGUUCUGACUGUGACAAAACCUUUAAAUACCAUUGUCGUCUGAAAAGACACAUGAGAACACACACUGGUGAAAAUCAUUUUUCUUGUUCAAUCUGUGGCUUAACUUUUACAAGGAAGGAAAAUAUGAAAGAGCACACAAGAACAUAUAAAGGAGAAAACACUUUUUCGUGUUCUGUGUGUGAUUCAAGGUAUGUACGAAGUCAAGGUUUGAAAGAACACCUGAAAAUACACACUGGGGAAAACCUUCUUAAGUGUUCUAUGUGUAAUUCAAGUUUUGUCCAACGUCAACAUUUGAAAGUACACAUGAGAACACACAGAGGAGAAAAACAUUUUACCUGUUCACUCUGUAGUAAAGGUUUUGCACAAAGUCACAAUUUGAAAGUACACAUGAGAACACACACUGGUGAAAAACCUUUUUCCUGUUCAACCUGUGGCUCAUAUUUUACAAGGAAGGGACAUUUGAAAGUGCACAUGAGAAGACACACUGGUGAAAAACCUUUUUCCUGUUUAACCUGUGGCUCAUCUUUUACAAGGAAGGAACAUUUGAAAGUACACAUGAGAACACACACUGGUGAAAAACCUUUUUCCUGUUCAGUCUGUGGUAAAGGUUUUACAAAAAAAAAUGUGUUAAAUGAACACAUGCCAAUCCACACUGGAGAAAAACCUUUUACCUGUUCAAUAUGUGGUAAAAGUUUUACACACAGUCAGAGUUUGAAAAAACACACAUUUUUACACACUGGUAAAAAACCUUUUAUCUGUUCAAUCUGCAGUAAAGGUUUUGUACAUAGUAACAAUUUGAAAGUACACAUGAGAACACACACUGGUGAAAAACCUUUUUCCUGUUCAGUCUGUGGUAAAGGUUUUACAAGAAGUCAAAAUUUAAAAACACACACGAGUACACACACUGGUGAAAAAUCCCAUUCCUGUUCAAUCUGCAACAGAAGCUUUUGUGAACGAUCAAUCCUUAGAACACACAUGAGAACACACCCAGGAGAGAAAGUGUUGAGUUGCAGUGUGUGUGGUGAAAGAUUCUCUUAUAAGUACCAGUGUAAGAAACACAAGUGUGCUGGUGAGAACAGCAGCAGCAAAUGAAACGUCAGGAUUUGAAAUGAACUGUCAAAACAUUAAUUUUGACUUUCUAACAACAUCAGCAAAUAUAACGUGUGACAUUGUUGUUUGUGUAACAGUCUUUUAAUAAACUUCUACAUUUAUAAAUUAGUUAUUUUAUAUUAGUGUUUUUUUAACCAGAGUAUGUGCAUUUAUCAACAACACCCAGAAAUGCUGCUGACUUUGCAAAGCCCAUAGUCUUCUCAGAUGGACUGAUGCAAAGUGGAAAAGUGUUCUGUGGUCUGAUGAGUCCUCAUUUCAAAUUGAUUUUGGAAACUGUGGACGUUGUGUCCUCCGGACCAAAGAGGAAAAGAACCAUCCGUAUUGUUAUAUGUGCAAGGUUGUUAUAUGCGCGUAAUGAAACCUAAAAUACCACAACAGAGAACCCAGAUUGUUGAACAACUUGAGCUGUACAUCAAGCAAGAAUUUGAAAUAAUUCCACCUGAAAAGCUUCAAAACUUGGUCUCCUCAGUUCCCAAACGUUUACUGAGUGUUGUUAAAAGGAAAGGCCAUGUAACACAGUGGUAAAAAUGCCCCUGUGACAACUUGUUUGCAUUAAGUUGCUGCCAUUAAAUUCUAAGUUAAUGAUUAUUUGCAAAAAAAAUAAUACGUUUCUCAUUUCGAACAUUAAAUAUCUUGUUUUUGCAGUCUAUUCAAUUGAAUAUAAAUUGAAAAGGAUUUGCAAAUCAUUGUAUUCUUUUUAUUUACCAUUUACACAAUGUGCCAACUUCACUGCUUUUGGGUUUUGUAGAUUCAUAAUACAAUUUUAGAUUUAUUCAUAAUAGUGUUUUCUAUAGUUAUAUGAAAUAUUGAAGUGUUACAUAUUUUUAUUUCUAAUUGUUAAUGAUCCCAUAGAUUAGCACCUUUAUAUGAUAUACAUAUGUACUGGUUCACAUCUAAAACAUCUUCUGGACCGCUUCAGGAAGCAUAUUAUUAUUUACUUUAUACAUCAUUUAAACAGUUGUCUAUUAUAUAAUUUUAAAAUGUGACUCUAUGAAUCAUUUGGUGGGUCUCUAUAAUAAAUUGUAUUCAUUAUCUUUAUUGCUCUCUUUUGUAAUAUGAUGAUUGUGUUGUGAUUGUUUUAUAUGCAUGUCCCCAGACCUUUAUGCAAUAUAAAAGUGAGAGAAAAUGACUGAAUUGUUUGU